AGGGCAGUGACGUCUUGUGCCAUAACCGAACCGCCAUCGGCAAUUGGGCACAGGUGAUGGUACUGUCGAUAUCGAUCUGUGGGCCGUUGCUUUUUGAAACGUAGGCGGGCACCAGAAGUUAUGAUUGUGCCAAUAUGAUAUCUGCGUGCCGUAUUACCGGGCGCGACUUUAAUCUUACUGCUCGCAAUAUGCUAUAAAGGGUCGUUGGGAUAAUUUUCAGCUUCUGCCUGAUUGACCCUUUUGAGCCCUUUUCUGAAAUCGAAAUUUUUAAUCACAUCGCACACGCCGCCUUGUCUGCUGUUGACUAAAAAGAGGUUGAUUUAUAGUCAUGGCAGACAUGCGGAAUUGCCUUCAGUCACAAAGCAAGCCGUCCGACGCGCAUAAGGGAGUCGCCCCUCGACCGAAUACACCGACGUUUGCGCGGCAAACAGCGAGAGUAGUAAAUUUGGGGGCGAUGGAGUCCUACACAGGAUAUCACUCCCAGUUUCUGGGGCCGGGGCCGGCCCCGUACGACUCACGCCAGGCCAUGGGGCAGACGUUGAACCAGUGCCCGUGCCAGGGCUGCUCGCUACGAUGGCAGCAAACAACACAACCGGCAGGACCGCACAACAACGCCCUCUGUCCACCCUACUCGUCCUACGACCACAGCCUGCUCAAGCCGACCUGGAACAACCAGGCGAAGGACUUCGGCCCUAUUUUCUCAGGGAGCAACUUUUCUCAGAACUUUGGUGGACAGAACUAUCCUGUACAUGACGGACUCAACAAGACAAGCGGCGUGAGAGAGAACUGUACGGUGGGGAGUUUAGACCCGUCUUCCUCCCUACCCCCGUGCAGGUAUUCCAUGGCAGGGCCGUCCCAGAAUUUGGGACUCCCUCCUUCAAAAAACGUCCCGGACGGACCCGUAGUCGCAGCCGCUGACCAAUCAGUUGCACGUGGUGGGAGGAAAAAGCGCUGUCCGUACACCAAGUACCAACUCUCGGUCCUGGAGCAAGAGUACAUCCAGAACAGAUACGUCAGCAGAGAGACACGUCUUGAACUGUCCCAGAGACUCAACCUGACCGACAGACAGGUCAAGAUCUGGUUCCAGAACCGGAGAAUGAAGCAAAAACGUCUGGAGUUUCGCUCUAGAAACCAGACCUAAUACAGACUCGUUCUAUAACCCCAUCUCUCUUUUUUUAGAAUGUUUGUAUUUCUCAUAUCAGACCCGACAGAAACGCAACAUACGACAUCCUUAAGUUGUCGUCUCUUUCUUAGAACUUCUAUUUCUGCUCCGUGCCAUAGCGUCUUCAUGGAAAAAGAUACAAUGUAUUUUUUCUUAGGGUAACAGGGUUUUCUAUAUACUACACUCAUAUACAACAUAGAAUAGUUCGGAA